AUGAGAAGUUGGAAUAAAUGGGCUCAAGCAGGAGUAAUUUUUUCUCUGUUCCUACUUUUUAGGCUUCUGGUAACUCGCGAAAGGGUCCCAGAUCAAACGUCUGAUCUGCAAACUUUGUUUCGGCAACCGCGGGUACAACGACAGCGCAAUCCCGAUGCAUCUCUGUCCAGACCGUUUUUGGACAAGAUCAACAAUUAUUGGCUGGUUACCGGCAGCACACAGAUUCGAAAUCUGGGCACGUUACGACUAACUUCGCGCGGCCAACCGGGCCAGCAUGGUGCCAUAGUGUCAAACGGUGCCGGGGAUAACGUGCUGGACGAUUUCGAAACUGUAGUUUGGUUUAGUAUCUCUGGCAAAAAGGGCCAGGGUGUGCGUGGAAAGCGCGACAUGGGUGACGGGAUAGUUUUCAUGAUUACCCCAGAAAAACAAUUCGUGUCGCUCGAUCUGCGGUCUUCAUACGCCAAACAACAAUACGAGCAUAACUCGGGAGGUAUCUUAUACAGCGAUCGAGAGCUUAUGGGCCUGCCACGAAAUCUUCCAGGGCUAGCCGUCGUUGUCGACACUUAUCGAAAUGACCCAAAAACCAAGAUCAAUGCGCCUUUCGCCAAUGUCUUGCUCAACUUAGAUCCACAAAGACACCAUUACGACGCUGCAUCGGACGGUAAAGAAAGCACCGGUUUCUCAUUGGCAGGUCCUUUGAAAUUGAAAAACUCUCUUUUAUCGGGGACGGACGUCAAGCUAAGAAUCAUUUCUUUGGAAAGCAUCGGGUUCUUGAAAAUAGACAUUUCAUAUUCGGACCACGAUAACUGGAUCGAGCUUUACCAAAAGGAUAAGAAUCUUUUUUUGCCCAAAAAUCAAAAAACAGGAGAACGUUACAUUGCAAUAGGUGCUCUAACGGGUGAGCUCACGGAGACUGUGGAAAUUAAACAGGUGGAAACUUCAGAGUUUCAUUGGGACGCACAAAAUGACGAUGAGUUUGAUUUGGCUGAGGAGAUGCAGUUCUUCUUAGCCCAUGAAUAUGGUGAGUUUAUCCACAUCAAGAAAGAUGAGCUCAACGAUUGGGAAUCAGCUAAAGCACAGGGAAAAACGAAUUUGGACCUACACUCCAACAAGCCAUCGUCGUCGUCAACCAUUUCUCUCUUGAAAUGGUCAUGCAUUAUUAUCACUUUAUAUGGUCUUUCGCUCACAUUGCGGAUUGCAUUGAAGCGCAUACACAUUCUACGGGCCAAAAAACGUCCGCGGAACAUUUUGGGUUGA